AUGGCUCCCCAGAAUAUCCUUCUUUUCGGCGCUAGUGGAACCAUUGGCCGCUUCAUCCUGAACGCGAUUCUCUCCGAGCGCUCGCAGUUCGGCCGCAUCGCCGUCUUCACUUCCCCGCGCACUGCAGAGAGCAAAGGCUCUUUCCUCAAGAAGCAAGGAGUUGAGGUAAUCACUGGCGACAUUGAAGAUGAAAGCGCCAUCAAAGCUGCCUAUGAGGGAAUAACCACCGUCAUCUCCGCGCUUGGUCGCAACACGCUUGCACAGCAAAUCCCACUAAUUCGCCUCGCUGCCGCCAGCCCGAGCGUCAACUGGUUUUUCCCUUCCGAGUACGGCACCGACAUCGCCUACGGGCCGGCCUCGGCGCACGAGAAACCCCACCAGCUGAAGCUGAAGGUCCGCGCGGUCCUGGAGAAAGAGAUCUCGCGCAAGGACCUGAACUACUCGUAUAUCGUGACGGGACCGUUUGCUGAGAUGUACUUGCAUGUCACGCCCGGGCUGGAGGAGGCCGGUGGAUGGGACGUGAAGGCCCGAAAGGCAGUGCUUCUGGGUGCGGAGGGUAAAGAAAGGGUUAGCUUGACGGCUAUGGAAGACGUCGGCACGCUCGUUGUGUCUACUCUCCUCAAGGCAACUCCCGAGACGCGCAAUCGCCCACUAUGCGUCAAUUCAUUUACCACCAGCCCCGCCGAGAUCCAGGCUGUGUUCGAGAGCCUCACCAAAGGCCCGUGGGAGGUGUCUUUUACGCCGCUGGAGCGGCUGCGUGAGUUGGAGGAUGAGGCGUGGGCGGCUGGGAAUCCUGCAGCGACGGUGGUGACGCUGCGGCGUAUUUGGACUGAGGGUGGGACACUGUAUGAGCAGCGGGCGAACGGGCUUAUUGGGGAGCCGGAGAUGACAACGCUCGAGGAGAUCGUGGCGAGGGAGAUUCGGGGGGCUAACAUGUAA